AUGUCUAAUCUUCCAACACUAGUCUUCAUACCUGGCUCCUGGCAUAAACCCACAUGCUAUGACAAGGUCACCAAACUCCUUCACGAGCAGCAUGGGUUAAAAUGUGUCUCAAUUUCCCUCCCAUCAACGACGGGAAACCCAGCUGCGACAUUCAAAGAUGAUAUUGAUGCUGCCCGAGAAGCUAUAUCCAGCAAGACAACCCAAGGGCGCAAUGUGGUUGUCCUUGCGCACUCGUAUGGCGGCAUGGUUGGCAAUAGCGCUAUCAAGGGUCUCACGCGGCCACAAAACGUCACCAACCCGACAACGGGGUACGUUAUCGGCCUGGUCCUUAUAGCCUCUGGCUUUACUCUAACAGGACUAUCCUUCAUGGACCCAUUCUUCGGCCGUCCACCCCCGUCCUGGCGUGCCAAUAGUGAGACCGGCUAUGCUGAGCUUGUCACUCCUCCACGUGAGCUCUUUUAUCACGACUUGCCUGCCGAAGAGGCAGACUUCUGGGUUUCUCAACUGGCGACCCAGAGCCUCAAAGCAUUGUUUGAGGGUGGUGAGCAUGCGUAUGCUGGUUGGAAGGAUGUACCUGUCUGGUAUAUUGGGACCGUCGAGGAUCGCGGUUUGCCGGUGUUGGCGCAACGCAUGCAGGUCGGUAUGGCAAGAGAAAUGGGCGGGAGUGUGGAGCAUAGGGAGCUGCAGACCAGCCAUUCGCCGUUUUUGAGUCAGCCAGAUGUGACGGCGAGAAUUAUACUGGAGGCUGUCCAGGCGUUUACAGGGAAGCAAGUGGAAGAUGAAUCUACGAGCACACGAGGCGAUGCCAUAACGGUGCCCACAGUCAGGCUUUGGCAACCUUUCACAUUGUUCAAAUUUGGACUACCGCUGGCCCUUGGUCACAUUAUAGGAAGGUGUGUCCUCCUCGUUAGUUGGGGGAGGAGGUUAUGGAGGUCUGGUUUCAGGUAA